AGGGCAGAGUGUGAUUGUGUGUAUAUAAAUUCUCUCUCGACCCGGCAGCUACGCAGUUGUAUCAUACGCCUGGCAGUGAAAACUUAGGCAGCCGAUUCAAGAUGGGAUCACCGAGUCUACUGCUGCCGGCUUUCCUGCUGCUGACUUUGGCGCUGGUUUUGCCAUCAGAAGCCCAGCUUCCCUUGGAUGUUUGUCCUUUAAACCCCCUGGGACCACUGAACUAUCCUGGGGAACAAUUCAGAGCCUGUGUGGGUCUCUGCCGUACCGCUUGCCGAGCUGACGAACGAUCCGAUGGGCUCUGCUACCGAUCCAAGUGCAUUUGCUGCAUAAAAGAUCUUGCAUUACCUGGACCUCUGCCUGGAGGUGGGGCCUCCUCUGGUGGGUCCCCUAGCGGUUCCUCUGGCAAGGCCACUGGUGGGAAACCUCCCAAAUGCCGAAAGAACAAGUGUGGUCUGGCUCAGCUGUCACCUGGUAUUGGGGAACCCUUCACGACCUCUUUGGCCAAGUGCAAGACGAAGUGUAACGCGAAGAAGGAGCUGACAGUGGGCGCCUGCGGCAGUGGGUCCUGCUCUUGCUGUGUUCCCAAGAUCGCGGUACCCUUCAAAAUAAAGAGAGAGCUGGAAGAGCAGAUGGCUAACGAGGAGACGUUGAGGUUGAGGAGAUCCGCCCAAGACGAGUAUGAUGAUGAAGGUGAUAAUGACGAGGGGAAGAACAAAACACAUUAAAGGAUAUAAUCUCCUGAGAAGGAUAUAAUUCAAUGAAAAAAAAUUUUAAUUUCCCGAAGAAAGUUUUUAAGUUUUAUUCUUUUGGAGGAUAUUAUUUCUAAAUGAUGCAAUUCCUUCUAGAGGAUGUAAUUUCUAAAAGAUGUAAUUCCUUUAGAAGAUGUAAUUUCUAAAAGAUGUAAUUCCUUUAGAAGAUAUUAUUUCUAAAAGAUGUAAUUUCUGAAAGAUGUAAUUCCUUUAGAAGAUGUAAUUUCUGAAAGAUGUAAUUCCUUUAGAAGAUAUUAUUUCUAAAGAAGUGUAAUUCCUUUAGAAGAUGUAAUUUCUGAAAGAUGUAAUUCC